UGAGGAGGUUGACAAAGACGAGGAUCUCGGCGAUGACAAAGUGCUCCUUGGCGAAGAAGUAGCACCAGAAGAAGUGCAGCACGUUGAAGAACGCAAAGUGCGGGCCCACGAUGGCAAUCAGGUUGGACUGGUUCGAGGCCGACACGUUGCCGUUGAAGAGCGUCUUGGCGAUGAAAAGGAACUGCGCCAGGAGCGUCACCCCCCAGUAGAUGGAGGUGACGAUGAUCGAGGAGCUGAAGGGCGUGACAAAGUGCUUCGACGACUGUGCAGGGAGCAGGUAGAAGAGCGUCGCAAACACAGAAAGGGCGAAAGACGCCGAGAUGGUGACCUUGCUAGCAGUGAGCCCGGACGACAUGAUCGGUAGGCUGUGGGGAGGUGGAUAAGAUGCCGAACUUCCCAACACAAGCCAGCCAGACCACCAUGAAGGACCCUGACCUGCACACAAGAGCAGGGGCUGAUCCACGGCCUGUUAUAUACUGCAGCCACCCUGUUGCCGCAGCCCCGUACCCCGAGGUUUCCAGCACUUGCCAUCUCUGCCUGCUUCCUUCCUGUCAUUCACCACCGUGGCCCUCUUCCUGUCCCUACAUGCCGGACACAGCCCACUUUCCUGCCCGCAAAGCCCCAACUCCGGCCACCGUGCGUCACGUGCACAGCCCACCCGCCAGCCCUGCUGACCUAAUCCCGCCGACGCGUCGCUGCUCCCGCUUUGUCAGCCAAUGCCCCCCGGCUUCCCUCCGCCCUCCGCCCUCUGAGCCUGCUAACCCCUCGGCUACAACGCCACCACUCGUACCGGCCGCAACGGGCCGGCCCAGACGUUGUUCCGCGGCCUCGGCCCCACGCUAUGUCCGCCGUUGCGGGCGCGCGCCCUAUGUCCGGAAGCCGGGCGCCUCGUUUCGUUCCGGCUUCCCUCCGAGCCACGUUGAUUCGGCCCAGUGGGCUAUCUCCCGUCUGAAGGGCGACCACCCAACAUUAGUAAUGGGCUCAUCUCCGUGAGCCGAGAGAUGAUAGCUGUGGGGGUUGUAUAAGAAGCACACGGGCUGCCCGUUGUGAUGAGAGAUGAGCAGAGACGUGUGUGGUGUAGCUGUAGCCUGGUUCUGGUCCACCACCACCAUUACCACUGUUGUAACCCACCGCGUGGCGAUAGAACGCAGAAUUAAACCAGACAUGAGAGCCUUCAGGAACACGCAACUACGAAGAGACAUACUGCAGAACU